GCCCGUUAGAACCACUGGUUCCGCGCGGAACCGCCCAUCACUAGUCCUUUUCACUUUAGCGAGGCGAAAUUGUCACAUUUACAUUGACUAAAUUCGUCUACAACAACACCUCCGCAGACAGCAACAACAGUAGCAGCCGCAGCAGCAAACAGCAAAGAGAUGCCCAAGAAUAAAGGAAAAGGUGGCAAGAACCGUCGUCGUGGUAAGAACGAGAACGAGUUCGAGAAGCGCGAACUGAUCUUCAAGGAGGACCAGCAGGAGUACGCGCAGGUGACCAAGAUGCUCGGCAACGGUCGCCUGGAGGCAAUGUGCUUCGAUGGCGUCAAACGCCUGUGUCACAUUCGGGGGAAACUUCGCAAGAAGGUGUGGAUUAACCAGGGCGACAUCAUAUUGGUGGGAUUGCGUGACUACCAGGACUCAAAAGCCGAUGUGAUCCUAAAGUACACUCCGGACGAGGCCAGGAACCUGAAGACGUACGGCGAGUUCCCCGAGUCGGUGCGCAUCAACGAGACGGUCACAUUCGUGGAGGAUGGCUUCGACGAGGACAUCGAGUUCGGCGAUGAGAUCAGCUCGGAGGACGAUGCCGACUCCGUGGACAACAUCUGAUUAACAAGAAACAAAGUGGCGCCGGGAGGGACGACGAUGGCGGGAGCGGCGGGAACGUCCGCCUCGGCAGCACCAGCAGCAGAGUCAGUUCGAGAAUAGUAGGGAAUUUAACCAAUUGUAAAAAGCAGAAAGCAAAUAGCCCCGAGCAAGUCCUGUUCGAGGUCCAAGCCACCAUCCAAUCCAAUCCAACCAAUGUAACCAGCAUCCGCAAGCGGCGCAGCGACAGCAAAAUAGCGAAGACACAUAAGACCACAGUAACCAAAACGUAUCAGUUGAUUUUUAGCCACUUUAAUGUUUAAUAUCCCCUUAAAUUUCUUAACUUGGCAACUCAAGUAAGUUUACAAAUUCAAAUUGUUUGAUUUAUGGCCGCCUUAAACAGAAGAUUAUACAAAAGAAAUAGUGGAACUGUUAUACACUGUUCAAGUUAUGCAACUAUGCGAAACAUAAACUAAUAUUAUUUGAAUUAAAAAAAAACAAACAAAGAAAAUGAAGUCGAUAUUAGUUAUUAUUUACCCAACAAAUUUAUCCAACUAAAUGAAAGAAUUAACAAACAAAAAAUACAAAAUAUUAAUUAAAUCUACAGCUCAUAUAUAUAAAAUAGGAGUUUAGCACUAAUGUUUAAGGCAAAAGGAAAUAAUGAAAAAUUGAACAAUAUGCAGCGAAGGCAGAGUAAAAAAGUUUCGAUUGUAGCUAGCGAGUAAGCAAAUCAAAUCCCAAGAGUUUUUUCCAGAGAAAUCUGCGCUCCAUCCCUCAAGUGUUCCUUCUCAGCAUUUCGUCUCAUGUCUUGUUUUAAUUAUAUACCUGUGUUAUAUUUUGAUGAUUUUUCAUAGCGGUAUCAUAUUCCAAACGCCCUCUUUUUGUUUUGCUGUCCAUGCAUUCAGUUCUCUCUAUUUAGUUAUUAUCUAAUUCGAACCAAAAUGAUGGAUGUAUAAAAAGUAAAGAAAAUGUUAACUUUUGUAUUGAGUUGAACUCCAAUAAAUGGCGUUAAUUAACCAGAAUGCAAAACAGCA